AUGUCAAUCGAAAACCUCACUAUCGACGACAACGAGACCACAACCGUGGAUAUCCAAUCUCGACCUGAACGAAAAGCUAGAAAAGCUUUAGAGGGAUUAGGACUUAAAAGAGUACAAGGUAUCCAGAGAGUUACACUUCGAAGACCCAAAGGUGUCUUGAUGGUUGUCGCUCAACCAGAAGUUUAUAAAGCACCAGGAUCAGAUUGCUACAUCGUAUUUGGUGAAGCUAAAUUAGAAGAUCCUUCUUCUGCCGCUCAAUUACAGGCUCAAGCUCAAUUAGCCGCUUCUUCUCAAGCAGCUCAAAAAGCUCAUGCCCAAGGUGGUUUCAAAGAAGGCGUUCCUCAGUCUUUGGAGGACUUGAUCGGUGGUGAUGAAGCCCCUGCCCUCGAAGACUCUGACGAGAAACCAGCCGAGAAAUCAGCUUCUACCGAAGAGACAGGUGACGUCAAGAUCUCCGACGACGAUGUCAACCUCGUAGUCGCCCAAACUGGAUGUACCGAGGACAAAGCUAGAGAAGCUUUGAAAGCUGAAAAAGGAGAUUUGAUCAAUGCUAUCAUGAGAAUCGGAUAA